AUGGAUGGGAUUCGAGAUGAAUUGCGGGUGUUGGCAGCGGAGCCGCCGCCGGUUGUGGAACUCACAGACGAAUUUGUGCGGUUGAUUGGACUGCGGCGUCCAUCCGCAGAGGCGCUGGAGCCCGUUUUCGCCGCCCACUGCGAUCAACUUCUCCCUGUUGGUAAUCCAAUAACUAAUAAUAAUAAUAAUAGUAAUAGUGACAGUGUGGGUAAUAGUGGUCGGGGGAGAAGUUUGAUUUCCACACGUUUGGCCCCCCGUGCGGUGGUGUUGACACGCAAUGGAUCUUUGUUUCUAUUAAAACAACGCAGUGGACGGGCGGGUGUUAUUGUGGAGAGACUCGAGUUCGGCGCCUACGCCCCACAACUCAAAGAGAAGAAGAAUAAGAAUAAAAAGAGCCAUACUAACAAUAAUAAUAAUAAUAAUAAUAAUAAUAAUAAUAAUAAUAAUAAUAAUAAUAAUAUGUGGGGAAGAUCUUUUCGUAGAGGUGAAGAAGAAAAAGAAGAAGAAGGUCAAUCACGUUCUGCUGAGUGGCUAACAUCUUCUAAGGAGUUCCCUCCAGUACGUGUGGAGAUCACUGUAGAUGAGAAGGCAUUACCAAAUGGAAUGCAGGCAAUGUGUAUUACAGGAAUGACUCGGCAGAGACGUAAACGAUCUCAACAAGGAACUAAUGAUAUCAUCAGAGGAAUAAAGUCAACAUUAGAAACUGGAAUAUCAACAGAUUCUAAAGGAAAGAAUGAAAGACGUUUGAAUGUACCUCUUCCAUCAUCAUCAGCGUUGGUUUCUCCUCUUCGCUCUCACUAUAACCCCAGUGCUGGGCGAGUAGAAGAAGAAGAACAGCAGAAUAAUGAUAAUGAUAAUGAGAUGCGGGUGAGAGUUGUGAUUGCCCUUCAGUUUAGCGCUGAUCGUAUUUUAUUAGCAAGUGUAUUGGCAUUACGGAUUAAACAAAUUGCAGCACACUAUGAACGUUUAAAGAUGUUAACAUUUAGUGUACGUCCAUGCAGUACAUCAUUCUAUUUAGCACGACAGUACAUGACACUAUGUGCAAUAACUUCUAAUUCUAAUUCUACUAUGAAUAAUAAUAAUAAUAAUAAUAAUAAUAAUAAUAAUAAUAAUAAUAAUAAUAAUAGUGGUUUAUUAUAUACACACAUAGUGGGGAAUAGCAAGAGUGAGAGAAUGAUGGGUUGGUUUAACAAGAUGUUAACAUCUCAUAUCACUAUAAAGGAUGUUGUGAUGAAAGGCAUGGAUGAACCCGCUAUUCUCUCACGCCAUAAGUCUAAAGGUCUAACAGCAUGGAAUGACUAUGAAGAUAAUAGUCAAACCUCUUCUUCUUCUUUAUCAUCAUUAUCAUUAUCAUUAUCAUCAUCUACUUAUUCUUCUUCUUCUUCUUUCUCUUCAUCGUUGCCUUCAUCCAUGUAUACAACAGAUGUGGAGGCGGAACGUGAAGUGGAGUUGAGAAAUCGACAACAACGCCAACAACAACAGGCGGAGUUUUACACACAAACAACAUUAGAAGAAACAGACAACUUUACUAAAUCUCUGGAGGAGUUGUUGGAUGAUAUUGGACGUGUGGAAGAACUGCUGAGAACACAACGGGCCCAUCGAGUACAGACACUGUUGUGA